AUGGACUCCAAAGUGGAGAAGUUGAUCCGUCAGAAUCUGGGACACAAUGGGGAAUUGAGGGUUAAAAAGGAUUUGGUCGAUUCUUUGGUGGAUUUGGUCAAGGAAAACUGCCAACACGAGUUAGAGGGACUCACUCAAAGGUAGAUUUAAUUGUCUUUUGCUUGAGAAUAAUGCUUUAGGCUGAGUUUGAGAUCGAAAUCGAUAUCUACGUCGGGAGUUUCUUCGUGGAAUAUCCAAAAUAUUUCCUCCCACCACUACUCCAGCGAUGAUUUUGUUUUAAUUCAACGAAAAAUCAAAUCUGUGUGUGAUGUUGCGGCCAUGGAGCCGGAGUUCAAGAGGAUCAAGUGAGUUGUGAGGCAUUUUUCAUUAUGAAAAUCUGGUCGAAGAUUCAUAAAACUUUUACUUUUCUCGUCAUGUGGGAUAGAAUUAAUAUAUUAAUUUAGAUCCCGCAUCCUCCGGAUAUGUCAUAAGAUUUCAUUGCAAAGUCAGCGAUCCUCUUCUGGGACCAGAACGUCUUAUUCGUCAGCCGGAUCUUCGGAUACAAUCUUGGCGACCAGUGUUUUGUCAUUCGGUCAAUCCAUAAAAUCCAUCGACGGGAAAGAACUGGAGUACUUGAUCAAAAUCUUGAACAGUGACGAGGAUGCAAAGGCCAAGUCAGUGCUUUCACAGCCAUCCUCACUUUCUAUUCAUCACAAGCUUUCAAUUUUUACCUUAUUUUAGACAGUCAGCCAUCAAAAGUUUAAUGUCGAUGCCAGUGUUUGGUAUGAUUAGAUGCAGAUCUCUAGUGGGACUAGUAAAUUCAUUAACCGCUAUUAUUCCAAAUCGCCAAUUAUUCGAGCCAUCAAUGGAAUUACUGAUCAAGUUACUGGCUUCAAACGAUUAUCGACCUUGGACCGAAGUCAUGGAUAAGAUAAAUGAGAUGUUUACGACUGUCAACACUUCUUUUGAAAAGAAUUCUGUGGAAAGAUAUCAAUUCUCGGACUUUUGUUACCAGAUUCUCUCCCGAUCCUCCGCUUUCUACCGGUCCUUUUCGGUCUCCAGCCGUUCCAAGAUGAUGCCCAAUAUUUUAAAUCUUUUUUUACUUUCAUCUGCAAACAACUCUGGCUCUGAUCUCCUGUCCAUUUACAGUAAAAUGGAUCCAGACGCUAAUUUCAUCAAGAUGCGACUGUUCAACUUUUCGGAUCGUCAAGUUUUCCUCAAAAUUAUACCAGACCUCAUGUCUAAUAUAAAUGACCUCAAUAAUCUGAGUUCAUGUCAGAAAUGCUUUGUUUUUUGCAUGCUAAAUCAUUUUCUAUGUUAUCAAGAUCUUAUUGGACAUAUGGAUUUGAAAGUGAUCAUCGAUCACAUUGGAUCGCUUUUGAAUUUCCUAUUUUGUGACAAAAAGAUGAGAAAAGAGAUCAGAAAAAUGGCUGGAAAAGCAUUGUUGCAAGCGAGUCAGGUAGGAAAUUCUUUCCAAAUGAUCUUUAUUCCUUGUUUAGUCGGAAUCUGGUGCCAAUUUCUACUUUACUCACCUGUUCCCAUCCAUUUUGUCCAUCCGAACUUAUAUUUCGGUCCAAUUCUUGAUAAACAUUUUCAAAUUAUCCGAGUUCAACCCCGAAUUGGAUCGAGAAGAAAAUGAUUUGCUGAGAGAAUUUGUUCGACGAUGCCUUCAUCGGCGUCAACAUACGAUCUUUUCUUUAUCCAUGGAGCUGAUCAUGCUGAUUUAUCGAAAAAAUCGAGAUCUGGGGAUAUCCUUUAUCAUGGAGAACAACCUCGACGAUCGACUUGAUCCAAAAAACAUCUUGCACUCGAGGAUAUUGUUUAUUGGACAACACAGUCAGAUCAUGUGGAGACAUUACAGCCAUAUAUUUUUGGUCUCUAGCAAUCUGCAUCUUGUUAGUCAUCAAAUUGAGAUUAGUAAGGGAAACAUUUUUUUGUUGCCAAAUACUUUCCGAAUCAUCCGAAACAAGUUCUUGGUUUAGACUCGAUUGAGGAUCGGCGUUUCCUGGCCAAGUCGAUUGUAAAUUUUCUAAGCCGAGAAGACUCGGCUCCGUCCAGUUUGAGGGACCACGGCCCCUUAAUUCAGAUAAUUCUACUCGAUUUUAACUUCAUUUCCGAGAUUUUACGAUCUAUGGACUUUGGAUUCUUAUUGGAGGAGCGAUUUAAACAGCUAUAUGCGAAGAAGAACUACGGAUUCUUAUAUAAUUUGGCCUUGAUGUUGUACAAUCCAGAAGUCUUGAUCGAAGUUCGUAGGCAAUUCUCAAUUUGGACAAGGCUUUUACAGGUAACAAUGCCUUUCAAGUAGCUGCACAAUUAAUUUUAUCUUCAGUUCGCCCAAAUCUCCCAUUCAAAUGGAAUAAAAUUGGACGAAUCCACGGACUUUAUGAAACUUUUGAUCCUUCGGAUUCUGAUGGCAACUCCUUCAGAAAUCAACGAAAUAAAGUUGUAUGACUUCAAGAAUCCCUCGAUCCAACAGUUGUUUCGACCACGGGAAGAGGGAAUUAACAUUAUUUUCCCGAUAUUCGACUUUACGGAGCUUCAGAAACCGAUGUGGGAAACGUUUUUGGAUUCAGAAUCUGAAAAAGAGUGGAGUCUCAGGGAUUUAUUGGACGGAUUUGUAAAGCACCAUGAUGUCAAGAGGAGCGUGGAUUCGGAAGUAGGAGAUUUCACGGGGUCUUGGCUAAAUUGGAAACAAAAUUCGGGCAUCGGAAGAGUUUUAUUGUAAUAUCCAUGAUGAUUUAGUGGAAUAAUACCCAUAUAAGAGCGAAGGAAUAAUAUAUCUCCUUUUGUUGUCCAUGUUUUAACCUCCAAGUCACAAUAUAACCUCUUUAUUUCAGCCUCUUGCCAUUCCCGACUGGAUUUACCCACUUCUGGACUAUGCAGUUGGCCUGGGAAAGGAACGUAGCCGGCGGCGUCUGUUAUCUCGUCUUCAAAAUUUCAAAUUCCUCUCCGAAAAGCCGGAUUUUUUUGUAUCUGUGCUACUUUUGACAACCGAUUUCGAUGUCGAUUUGGCCACAGAAUUCCUCCUUCGAGUGCCGGAAGGUCAGGUUUUUUGGCCGAGAAGUUUCGCGUCCAAUUCGGGGUUUUACGAAGAAUUUCAUAGGAAAACGUAUCAAUUUAUGAACAAAGUGCUGAGCGAGCCCAGCUUCCGGGUUGUCAACGACCUCAUCAACGAUUUAAAAGUGCCUUUUUAUCAUCUGGUCAGCAGUUGGAUCCAGCGCUGCUAUCUGGGGAUGUUAUCCAUGGAUCAGCUCGCAGAAUUCAUGGGGUAUCAGAUCAUUUUCGGUCAAAAUUUUACGGUAGGUCACUUUUUUAUAUCGUUUUUUAUAUUCUGCAAAAAUUAUUUUUGCCGGCUUACAGAACGCCAAGAAUUUUAAAUUUUGGCGGGAAAAUUUAAAUUUGAAUUUUAAAAGUUGAAGUAAUAUGAGAAUAAAUAAUAUAACACAUUUCAGGGUUACUUUUGUAUUGUGAUAUUGCAAUUUCUGAGCGAAAGAAUCGACCUGAGCGAGAAGAAUCUGGAACAUUUUCUACUCCCAGAUCUCAGCGAUUUUGCCCUCAGGGAUUAUUUGAUCGAAUUCAAAAAACUGGAAAGAAUCAGAAUCCACAAAUCGGAUUGA